UUUUUAUACUUAUUAGUAGAACUUUUAGUAUACUGUACUCGCUACUAUUGUUCAGUCGUGCCUAUGAUCAAUUAACUCAGUAAAAUUUAUCUACCUACUACAGAAGAAUUACCCCAGCUAAUUAUCCCACAAGCUUCCAAGUAGAUUUUAUUAUUGAGUUAAUACGAUGGAUUACGAUGAUGAAGAUUAUUACUCCCAUGGAGAAGAUGUUGAAGGAGAAUUUAAUGAAGACUCAUUACCCAAUGAUGAAUAUGAUAAAUUAUAUGAAUUAUUACCUAAAUUAAAAGCAAAAUUAAAGGAUUAUAAUGAUGAAAUACCUCAACAAGAUUUAAAAGAAGCUCUAUAUUAUAACUACUAUGAGUUAGGACCUUCCAUUGAAGAAUUGAAGUCUAAAUUUAAGAAAAAAAAAAUUGAAAAAAUUAAACAAAGCUUUGAUCAACCAUCUCCUGAUGAUAAAAUCUUACAAGCUCAAAGUAGUGCAUUCAAUGAUAAUUUUGGGAAUCUUAAAUUAGGUUCUAAACCAAAAUCUCCUUCGCCUGCUCCGGCAGCAGCAAAGACAAAAAAGAAACUUGAUAUUGAAUCUAAAUUAGCAUCUAAUAAAACUUAUUCAAAACCUCAUAAAUCAUUUGUUGUAAUAGGUCAUGUGGAUGCAGGUAAAUCUACAUUAAUGGGUAGAAUAUUAUUAGAUUAUGGAAUUGUUGAUGCAAAGACGGUAGAUAAAUUAGUUAAAGAAUCUACUCGAGCAGGGAAAGGUUCAUUUGCAUUAGCAUGGAUUCUUGAUCAAACUGAAGAAGAAAGAUCUCAUGGUGUUACAGUUGAUAUUUGUGCUACUGAUUUUGAAACUUCAACUACAAGAUUUACUGCUAUUGAUGCUCCAGGUCAUAGAGACUUUGUACCUCAAAUGAUUGGAGGAGUUUCACAAGCUGAUUUUGCUCUUUUAGUAGUUGAUGCAAUUGAAGGAGAAUUUGAAAGUGGAUUUGCUAUGGAUGGACAAACUAAAGAGCAUACAAUUUUAGCUAAAAAUUUAGGUAUAGAAAAGUUAUGCAUUGCUAUAAAUAAAUUAGAUAAAGAAGAUUGGAGUCAAGAUAGAUUUAAUCAAAUUAAAUUACAAUUAACUGAAUAUUUAACUAGUGAUGAAGUUGAAUUUACUGAAGAUCAAUUGGAUUUUAUACCUAUUUCAGGAUUAUCGGGUAAUAAUGUAGUUAAUCGUGAUGAAUCUAUUGAAUCAUUCAAUUGGUAUAAGGGACCAACCUUAGGUAAAUAUCUUGAAACCGUUAAAUUAUCAUCAAAUAUUGAUUCAAAGAAAGUACAAGAUGAAGAAUUUUAUUUAACAGUUAGUGAUUCAUUUAAAGAUAAAGGAGAAAUUAAAGUCACUGGUAAAAUUAUUAGUGGAGUAAUUGAAUCUGGUGAUACUAUUGUUUCAUUACCUAGUGAUAUUACUUUAUCAGUUCAAUCAUUACUUGUAGCUAAUAAUAAAUUUGAUUUUGCCAUUAAUGGAGAAGUUGUUCAAUUAACUUUUAAAGCCAAUCAAGUAACUAAUGAUACUAUAGAUCCAUUCCGAAUUGGAGAUUUAAUUGCUCAUGUUGGUAGUCCUAUUCAUACAGUAAAAAAAUUCACUAUAUCAUUACAUCUUUUUAAUUUAGAUAAACCAUUAUUAGUUGGAACUCCAUUUGUUUUAUUUAGAAAUAAUUGUCAAGUACCAGCUAGAAUUAUUAAAUUAAUUGAAGUAACUUCAAGUCAAAAGAAGAAGAAGAAGAAGAAUUUAUUACAUCUUGUAUCUAAACAAACAGCUAUUGUUGAAAUAGAAAUAGAGGGGAAUCCCUUACCUUUAACUAUAUUUAAAGAUAAUAAGACACUUGGUAGAAUAGUUAUAAGAAGAGAAGGUUCAACUGUUGGAGCUGGAACAGUCAUUGGAUUUUAGUGUAAUAGAAAUCUGUAAA